AUGACGGCUGGUUUGCUGGCAUUGUCGGUGUGGGCCAGAACGGGUUUUGCCGGCGUAUCUACGGAGUACACAAAGACCCGACAGGCGCUUGUGAUCAAGCGUCGUGAAGCAGCAACUGGAGCAGGGCGACAAAGACUCACAUCAGUGUGGUGGUGUGCGGGUCGCAGCCCAGCCGCCGCCAUUCGCGAACGCUUGGGAGAUAAGGUCCCCACCGCCAAGAGCGAUCCGACGACUUUGUUCUUCUCCUGGUUCUACGCCGCCCAGCGCGACUUCACAUACAUCUCUCUUGCGGGAUCGUACAAGCCGAUCGCCGAGGCCUUGCGGCUGACUCUGCGGCGCGCGUGCCUGAUCGUGGCAGAGGACAACGACAGCGCCGCCAGAGAAGCCGUAAGCGAGGCGGAUGUACAGGCCAUCAUGGCAGCUUUCAAGGGCAACAUGAAGCCCCGGGAAGGACUAAAGGAGUGCUUCGAUGGGCUGCGGGACGCUGGCUGGGAUGUGUACGCCGUGACAAAUGGCGGAGUCGAGACGUCGCAUGGCUAUUAUCGCAAUGCCAACAUCGACCUUGACCGGGACCAUUUGUUGUCUUGCGAUGACCUCAAAGUUGCGAAACCCGAUGUCAGAGUGUACCAGCGCGCGCAAGACCAUCUAGACAAGCAGGGACUUGGGGACGAAAGAGCCACACGCAGUGGUCAAAGGUGGUUUGUAGCGGCACACGCAUGGGAGCUAAUCGCUGCACGAGCUGCAGGAUUCAAGACGGCAUAUCUGGACUUUGAGGAGCACGAUCCUGUCACUGAGGUGUUUGGAGAGUUUGAUCUUUAUGCUACCAGCAUGGUGGAGUUGCUGCAGAAGAUGAAGGUUCUGAAGAAGUAG